ACAGUAGUUAGCAGGUGGGGAACUAAGCAGAGGCAAGGUGAGACAGAAGAUAAUCCCGUGGAAGAAUGGAUAUUAUCCAGGUCAACUGAUUGAGCGGUGAUCAGCUUUUCAGUGAAGAAAAAAUGUCCAGUAUAAGCCAGCACUAUGGGUUCCAGUCAGCCACCAUGGUGCAGUCUGCCAAUGGCGGUCAUGCCUAUCUGUUUGGAAACAACGGCUCAGAGAAUGACCUGUCAGAGGAAGAUGGGGAGAGCUUUGAGCUGCGGUCGCGUGGCAGAGAAAGGAUGCGGAGGAGCACCUCCAGAGAGAGGAUGGACGACAUUGUCUACCUGACCAGAGAUAUCCAGGAGGGUGACACCCUCAACAGCAUUGCCCUGCAGUACCAUUGCUCAGUGGCUGAUCUAAAGCGUGCCAACAACCUCUUGACAGAGCAGGACUUCUUUGCUCUGCGGUCUGUCAAGAUUCCUGUGAGGCGCUUUAGUGUCCUCACUGAGACUCACAGCACUGGACCUCUGAAAUCUGCCUCCCCUUCAGGUGCAAGGCGCCUGGCCCAGAUCUCACCUGCUACCUCCCUCCCCUCUGAGUCCUCCACAGACUCGUCCUCUUCCACCGACAGCGUGGAAGGAUUCCUUCUGGAGAAGGACAAGGACAUUGAGCGGCUGGUGAAAUCCACAGGUCCGUCUCGGAGCAGCCUGAAUGAGGUUGUGUCCUCCUUAACACUACAGCAACAGCAGCCACUGCUCGGGGGAGUGGAGUAUAAACCGGUACAGAGAAAGGACCCUUAUUAUGGGGCAGACUGGGGCAUGAGAUGGUGGACGGCUGUGGUCAUCAUGCUGGUUGUUGGUAUUGUCACGCCUGUGUUUUAUCUGCUGUACUACGAGGUUCUCAUGAAAGCUGACGUCAGCCAUCACGGCAGUCCCACUCAAGCUCAUGGCGACAUGCCUCAUGGACAUCUCCCUAGCAACCAUCCUGGUGGAGAAAAUAACCAUGCAGGGGACGGGCAUGGACACCAUGCUGGAAAUAUGGUUAACAAAGAUCCACAAGGACAUGGUGUGGACAAAGCAGGAGGCGGUGAACACGGAGGACAUGAGAAAACAUAAGGGACUGUAACUUACUUUACAUAAGAAUUUGUUGCUAACUCAGAGAUCUAAUAAAACUGCGCGAUUGUGUCCAUUGUUGAGUAGUUUUUAUAGACGUAAUACUUUAAUGCAAUCUGUCUGAGAGGACGGGGUAUGGUGGGAAUAGUCAUUUUUGUACGGUUGAGACACUCGGAUUAAGGGUCAUUCCUUGUUUUAGUCCAUUUACAGUUAUAUGCUUUUCAACAAGGAAUAUCAGUUGAGUGAAAACAACAAAUGUUAUGCUUGACUUAAUAUUUUGCUGAUUAUUGACACAUUUCAGAAUGGUUAUCUUUAGUGUAGACAAUAGAAUUGAGGUGAUUUUGUUAUCAUCCAUGCUGCUGCAUCCUCAUGACACAAACAAACUCUACUCAAUGGGUUUAAAAGCAAACUGAGACGGACGGCAACGCACUUACCUAUUUGUUUAUUCAGUGAUGGAGAAUAAUUCUGUGGAUUUGAUUUUAAAGAAGAUUUUACUCAGUUUGGACCAACUGUGUUUUUUGCCAUAUUAGAAAUGGUGUAUUUUCCAAUGUGAUUUGUUGGAAAAGUAUAAAUGCCAUUGAGUUUAAUAUAGAAUUAAUUUAUUUCAAGACUAUUGAGCAAUAGCCUUUACUUACACUUAUCAGUAUUGGGAAUCUUUUUCUUUAGCUUGCUUGGAGAGACUUGCGUUUUUUGUUUUGUUUUUUUCAUUUAACCUCUGAGAGCAUGGUGAGGAAAAUGGGAAAUGCACAUUAUUCCCACAAUGACUUAUAUUUGUAAUUAUGUGAGAUUUUAGACUUUGUUAUAUAGCCCUUUUAUUUUAUCACCGUGUUCACUUGAUACUUUAUGAAAAUGCAUCACAUGUUGUUGACAGUAUGUGCCUUUCAACCUGUGGAAAUGUGCCCCAGGCUGGAAAAUAAAUACAUCUAUUUUGAAUAAA